AUGGACCACGCCAAGCAGGUUCCCAAAUCUGUCAUAAAUCACCCCCUGCCAUAUUCGAACAAGGGAAUAGCAUUCAUUAUACCCGGUAUCACAUCACUACCACCAUCUUACCAUCGCACCAUCAUUUCCAUCGCAAAUAUUAUACGAUUUGCACUAAGAGCACCAGUGUGGGGGAAAUAUUCGUAUCGGAGUAUCUCCAAUAACGUAUCAUAUGCUUCAUUCAUAGCAACAGGCGAUCGACUGAUCUGUGUCCACGAAUCAGGGCCCAAUUGCAUGAGGAAGGAGAUAGCCAGCCAGCAGAAACCCCACCCCACCGUAGCAAACACCAAACAUCAGGCAGGAAAAUGGACAUUAACAAGUGUCAAGCACAAACACGAUAGCUUGGGUACCAAACUAGUGAAUUUACAGUGUAACGGACCGCAACCCCCAGACCUUGAUAUCCUAAUACACUCUCCUGGAACGGUCCUUCCUCCCCUUGCGGCCGUCGUAUCCAACUUCAGCUUCAGCAUCAAAAUUCAACUUCAAAAACCACACCCAGCUAGCAGAGUAAUCCAGACUCUUGGCGCGUGUGUACUCGAAGCAAAGAACCAAUCCAAAAUGAGCAUUGAAAGACGAAAACAGAAAACUUCAAUGAGAAGUGAAGCGCUGGAGAGGCCAGAAAGAAAUGCAAGCUACUAUACCAAUUUUCGCCUCGCCUCGCCCAAGAAAGUUGAAACCAUCCCAUUUUCCAUCAUGAAGAUCGUAUUCAUUUCCAACUUGCGUUACCAACCCACGCUCUUACUCCUACAACUCCCCUUCAACUUCAUCAUCAAUCACCCGUUCCAGAUCGCUGCGAGGGAGAGAAUUAGCUGGUCAUAG